AUGGUGUCCUUCGGCCUGGUGGCCGGGGCAGCCCUUGCUGGGGUCUACAACUGGGCCUCGGGCGUCUAUUCCUACAACCGAGAUGCUUGGAUGACCGACAUACAGGUGGAGCAAGCUCAUGUGUAUCAAGAGGACAAUCUGGCCAUUCAAAUGCAGACCAUGAAGAGGGAAGAGGUAAGAGAUUUAGUGAAUUCUGACAUCAACCAGAUCAACAACUCUCUCUUGGUGGCGACAUUGAUUUUGUCACUCGCAGGAGAAAUGUUGUUCGAGGGGCAAAUUCCAACCGAUUGCCCUGCCUUUGUGCUCAACGCCUACAUGCUGUGUCUGGGAAGCGCAGUCUUUCACCUCUCCUUUUCCAUUCUCUUCGGCAUUUUUGCCAGCGCUAAUGCCUAUCAGACGGCCACGGAUCUUCUCGUUCUGAAUAUCCAACCCAAGUGGAACCAUCAUUUCAAUCGGAUGAAGGAGCGGAAGGCCCGCGAGAACACAGCCUUCUUUGAAAGCCACUCCCUGAGUAGCAUGAUGAUGCCGCCCCUGGCAUCUCGCAUGUUUCGAAGUUGGAGGCGGAUCCCUCAGGAAGAGAAGACCGAGCGAAGAGUUGCCUCACCAACCUACAGUCGCCUGAGUCAAAUUAGUCAGACAUGGUCCAACACGGAACGCUCCUUCGACAGCUUGCCAUGCAAAGCCAGAAGCCGGGGGGGACGCUGGCAAACGAAGUCAUUUGCAGUGGAGCCUGUCGAGGAUGAUGUUGAGGCCAAGAGUGAAUUUAAACAUGAGUACCACAUCGGGCAUUUGAAACUGUGGAGAGACCUUCAUCAGCCUUGGAGGAAGUUCUCCAGUUGCAUGUUCAAAUGUGUGGCCCGUGGCACGACCAACCUCCUCGAAGCCUGUGGCUAUCUGGCCGUCGGAACUCUCUACGGUGGCUAUGCAGAUGCUUGGGCCUUUUGGGCCAUUCAGAUCCUCUUCACGGUGAUCAAUAUUAUGGUCGUUCACUUCUUGCUGGAGACUCGAGCGAUCUUUACGCCCUCCAACGCUGGCCCAAGGCUUCGCUGGAUUAUGCAGGAGCAUCCUCUGGUCUUGGCUUGUUUAGUGGCCUCAGGCCCUUUGUGGUGUGUCAUUGCAGCGGCCACCAGUUGGGUCAUCAUGGAUCGCUUCUUCAUCCCCUUGUGUUAUGGCACCCAUUUCCUGGUGAAUGUCUACUUCGUCUCCCAGUUCACCAGCGAUGUCUCUUCGGAGUCGGAUCCGGAGGCGCCCCGUUCAGCCCAGCCAGCCGCGCGUGGAACCGCAUCCGCGGAGGGGGAGGAGUCGGAGGAGGUCGCCUGUGUGCUGGAGGCUUCACCCUGGGACUCCGCAGGAGAGUUGGAGUGGGGCUCGCUGCCCACUCAGCCCACCGAGGCUUCGCCUGGCUCGGCGUGCGCGCAACAUGCUGCGCCCGCAAGGCCACAUGCUGCGCCCGAGGCCGAGGAGUCGCCCGUGGCACAAAGGAGGGUCCACAAGGACUUCUUGCCGGGCAACAUGCUGCGCUGGGGCACCAAGGUGGUGGCCUGCUUUUGGGCUUCAGCGCUCCUCUGGGCAGUGCAUGGCGCCUGGUUCGGCAUGGACUUCAAGAACCGCAAGGCAGCCGUGCCCACCUGGGGCGACACGCCUCCACUGCUGGAGGUCAGCGAGAUGACCAUGGCCACACCCAGCCCCUUCUGGAGGCCUCACGCGCUGGUCUGUCCACGGAAUCAGGUCUUCAUCACUGAUAGAUACCACGUCUACGAGCUUCGAGAGAACAACACGGAAGUGAAGAGAUACCCCUGCUCUGUGAACGGCACGAUCGCCGACGUGGCCGCCACGUGUGGACGCCACUCCUGCUGGCCGGUGGUCCUGGUGAAGGGCGUCCCACCGCUGGUGCUGGAUUGCUCCACGGGGCGCUCCAGCCCGCUGCUGCAGACCGAGACCCGCGCCGGGCGGAUCGCGACCAGUGCCCAGGGCACCAAUGGGGUGCUGGAGACUGGGGACACCCUCUAUGCCACGAUGGACGACAAGAUGAUCGUGCAGUAUGGAUGGUCCGUGCAGCGGGGUGCCUGGGAACCCUUGUGGGACAUUGAGGAGACACAGAGAGAGAGAGAGAGAGGUGUCAAACAACAGUCUCAACACUACCAAUGA